AGUAGACCCUUCCAGAAACCUUUGGAUCGCGCAGGGGAGAGGGAGAGAGCUCUGAAUUUCAGCGAUGGCGGAAGAGAAGAAGAGAACGAUAAAUCUGUUCUGCCCAUCCCUAUCGAAGUUAGUGCCGGUGGUUGCUUGGGAAGACGAGAGAAUCGACUUGGGGCACAUAGCCCGGACCUUCGGGAUUGAACCAGCAACGUUGAAGCUCAACGGGCACUUCAUAAGCAGAGGCGUCGAUCUCAUAGCUUCGUCUGUAACCUGGAAGUCUCUUCUCUCCUUCUUCUCGGCUCGCGGUUUCUCCACCGGCGACUCCCACUCCGACGCCCUCACUGUGGACGGCAAGCUCUCUAAACUCGGCACCAAACUCAUGUCUGAUCGUGAGGACAGCCAGAACUCUUCUGUUCACUCUUACGGUUCUGGUGACCGGUCUCAGACCUCUAGUUCCUCCUCUUCUUCAUCUUCUGAGCGCCCGGCUACCUCUCAACAGAGGCAGCCGGUUGAUGCCCCCACUGGUGCCCCUUCUUCUUCUGCGGCACAAGUGGUCUCGGUUGCCCAGCCUGGGGAUGAGGGCUUCAUUCAGCUAGACGACCAGUUGCUUCAAGAGCAACCAUCGUAUAUGCAGAAAGUCCAAGUCCACGAGUUGCGCAACCUUAUGCCUGACGGGGACCUGGGUGAAUUCUCCAUUCACCCAUUCAAAGUCCUCUUCCUUGAGACAUACAGGAUCAUGCCCGGGCAGAUGGCCCCAAAUGGUCACCCUUUUCCCUUUGCCCAAAAUGUCAGGGGGAAGAGAAUGAAGCGCCAGGUCAAACCCGCGGAGACCGAUGACCUGGUCGCUUGGGAAACCACUCUCCGGGCCGGGGACGCCUCCACCCGUGGUCUUUAUAACGUGGGGAAGUGCAGCGUCUAUCCCGGCCGGGAGACUGAUCCCGAGCUGGAGAUUGUCCUGGCCGAAGCGAUCCCUAAUGCCAUCCCAAUUCACCGGGUGAGGGGGUCCAAAGCCCCGGUCACCGCCGCUGCCGAUCCCUCGCGCCCGGGGAAGAAGAAGAAGGAGAAAGUGGUGAAAUUCCAAUCCAAAUUUGCGACCCCAAAAAUCGUCGUUGAGGAGCCCUCCACUGCUCAGCCCCUCAGCCAACCAUCCAGCCAGCCGUUCUUACUAGAGGAGCAGCCGGCCCAGUCUCAACAGGGGACCAGCCGGCCAAUCCACUCCGGGGAACUCUACAUAAAUGUAGAUACCCUGGAGUUUGAUAACAUGCUGGCUGAAACCGGCCAUACCUCCGAGGCCGAGACGAGGAAGAGACGAAGGGCUGAAGUCGUUGACCAGCCGGCCAAGCGCGUGGCCCAGUCCUCCGACGUCGGCCAAGAGCCCGGCGAGCCCCGAUCGUUCGCUCUGAUGGUCCGGUCUGAUGAAGAGCUCUUCCAAGCCUUCCAAUCAGAUCUGCAAGAGGUCGGCCGGAUUGGCCUGGAGUACUUCACCCGGCUGGUGAAGUCUAGGGAUGAGGAGAAGGCCUGGCUGGAGGCCAUGAUGGUAGAAUGCUGGAAGGAUGCCCAGGCCGCCCACGCCAAGGCGGAGAAGGCAGAGGAGAAGCUGGUAGAGCACUGUGCAGUUUACCGCCAGCUCUAUGCCAAGCAUGAUGGUCUCCUCAAGGCUACGAAAGAGGCUGAUGCGCAGGCCCAAGAGAAGAUUCAGCAGCUUGAGGCCGACAACGCCCAAUCUGCUGAGGAGAUCGCUCGGCUGGGAGACAAGCUGGCGAAGGAGCGGGCGGAGCGUGCUGCCCUUGCCGCUGCCUGGGUGACCCAAGAGCCGGAAGAGUUCACCGCUCGAGCUCUGCCUGACCGGGAGACAGCCAUCCGCUUCUUCCAGGGCCUAUACAAGCACAAUGUUUCGGCCGGGAUCGUCGACGAGAUCGGAACCUACGGUUUUGAGAGCGGCCAGUACGAUGAACGGCGGGCCCUAUACGGCAUCCUUGGGCAGCGGAUCCAAGGCUUUCAGCCCAAGGCCCUUUCUCUACCCGAGCUGCACGAUGAGGCGCCGGUUCCGCCCUUCCUUGGGAUCUGACCUCCCGGCCUUCUUCUCCGAUCAUUUCAUCAUUUUUUUUAUUUUUUUAUAUGUAAUGAUUAGCCUCCGGGAACUUUUUGUAAGACUUUACAAUAUUAAUGCAAGUUCUUUUUUCCAUAUCGUAUGCUGAGUGCCUGAGUACUUUACUUUUUGUCUUAUAAAUUCCUUUCAAUAUAAAAAUUUUUAACCGUG